AUGAGUACUUCAAGAGAUCAUGUUGAGAUUUUAGGCAGUUGUAAUUCUAGUGCCGAUGAAGUUGAGAUGAUUGAAGAGGAUGGUGAGGUUGAACAAGAUAAGAAUAUGCCCAAGGAAGGUCAUACGACGUCAUUUUCAUAUGUGGAGUUGUAUGUGGGUCUACAGUUUGAUGAUAUAGAGGAUGCACAUAGUUGCUAUAAAACCUUUUCCAGACGAACUGGUUUUAGCAUUCGAACAAAUCAUACUCGGUUGUCAAACAUAGACAGAUCAUUAAUUGGUGUAGAGUAUGUGUGUUCGAGAGAAGGAUCCCGUCGUUAUAAUUUUAAACUUAAAGAGAGAGCAAGACCUGAGGCUGCGGAAACAAAGUGUGGGUGUAAGGCGAUGAUGACAAUAAAAAAGGAUGGAGACAAAUGGGUUGUGUCCAAGUUUGUACUUCAGCAUAAUCAUGAGUUGUUAACACCUAGGAGUAUAAGUUUGCUUCGUGGGCAUAGACGGGUGACAUCAGCACAAAAAAAUUUGGUAGACACGUUAAAUGAGUCGGGGAUACCAACACGGAAAAUAAUGUCUGUGUUAAGUAAGGAGUCAGGUGGGGAGUAUAACAUUGGUUGCAUUGCUAAGGACGUUCAGAAUUAUUUGGGCAAUCGAAGGAGGCAGCUUCUUGGAGAGGGAGACGCACAAAAAUUAUAUGAGUACUUUUUGAAAAGUGAACGUAACAAUCUAGGCUUCGUAUAUUCGAUCCAACUUAAUGAAAAUGGGUCGAUGGGGAAUUGUUUUUGGGCAGAUGCUAGAUCAAGAGCAGCAUAUCAGUAUUUUGGGGAUGUUGUUACAUUUGACGCUACAUACUUGACAAAUCGCUACAAGAUGCCCUUUGUUCCAUUUACUGGGGUUAACCAUCAUCAUCAAUCUGUGAUGUUUGGAUGUGCUUUACUAAUAAAUGAGAAGUCGAGUCUUACACAUAGUUAUUGA